GUAGUCACGCUGGGCGGCAUGACCGUAACAACAAGAUGGCGUACCAUGGGGAGUUUCGGGAGCCAGUCCUGUAACAUUGACUUCAGCGCGUUGACUGGUGAAUCAGCCGUGUGGCACCACGCCGGAACCAGCAUGAACCUCCAACAGCCAGCCCCUCUGAUCCCCCCCGUCCACCCAGAUGUGCAGAUGAAGCCACUGCCCUUCUAUGAUGUGCUCGACAUUCUAAUCAAGCCUUCAAGUCUAGGGGCGAGUACUGCACAAAGAUACCACCAAGAAAAAUAUUUUAUCUUUGCCUUGACACCACAGCAAGUUCGAGAAGUAUGCAUAUCGCGGGACUUUCUACCAGGUGGCAGAAGAGACUAUAUGGUGCAAAUUCAGCUGAGGUUCUGCUUAUCAGAAACAAGUUGCCCUCAAGAGGAUAAUUACCCGAACAGUCUUUGUAUAAAAGUCAACGGGAAACUUUUUCCUUUGCCAGGUUAUGCACCACCACCAAAAAACGGUGUGGAACAGAAGAGACCAGGAAGACCACUCAACAUUACCUCCCUCGUCAGACUCUCAUCUGCAGUACCCAAUCAGAUUUCAGUGACGUGGGCACCGGAAAUUGGAAAAACGUAUUCCAUGUCUGUGUACCUGGUGAGGCAGCUGACGUCACCGUUGCUCCUGCAGAGGCUCAGGAUGAAGGGCAUCAGAAACCCAGACCACUCCAGAGCACUAAUUAAAGAGAAGCUCACAGCAGAUCCAGACAGUGAGAUUGCUACGACCAGCCUUCGCGUGUCACUGAUGUGCCCGCUCGGUAAGAUGAGGCUGACGGUUCCGUGCAGGGCGGUGACGUGCUCCCAUCUGCAGUGCUUUGACGCCGCCCUCUACCUGCAAAUGAACGAGAAGAAACCAACAUGGAUUUGUCCUGUGUGUGACAAGAAGGCUGCGUAUGAGAGCCUUAUCAUCGACGGUUUAUUCUUGGAGAUCCUGAAUGACUGUUCGGAUGUGGAUGAGAUCAAGUUCCAGGAGGAUGGAACCUGGUGCCCCAUGAGACCAAAGAAAGAGGCUGUCAAGGUCUCGUCUCAAUCGGUUCCAAAAAUUGAGAGCUCACCUCCGUUGCGCCAGCAGUCUGUGGUCCCCCAUCCUAUUGAGCCUGGCUCCACUAAAAAGGCUGAUGUGAUUGAUUUGACUCUGGAGAGCUCCUCCUCUGAUGAAGAUGAAGAGGACACAGACCCUCCACUGAAGAAACGUUGUGUUUACAUUUCCAAGAAUGAGGAGAUGCAUGCAAAAGGGGUGUUGAGCUACCAGCCCACAGUGCGUGUGCCAAACGUCCAGGCCCUGGACGCGUCAUAUCUGACCUCUACACUGGCUGACUAUGCAGUGCCCUUCCAUCCUUCCACACUGGCCACCAUCCCAACAGACAUGCAGAGUUUGGACUUGUUUACCUUAAUUCAAGCAGAUCCUCAGCAUUACAGGCCUCAGAUGUUCCUGGACAACCUGACGAGCAGCAUGCAGAGCGCGGCGUCGGCCAGCACCAGCUCCACCCUGGUCUCCUCCAGCAGCCACUAUGACACCAGCAGCCACGGCGCCAGCUCCGUCCACGAGACCCGGGUCAUCACGGGGGGAGGCGGCGGAGGCUCCAGAGGAGGGGCCGACAGCAGCAUAUCAGAUAUCAUUUCACUAGACUGAGCCACGGCUCUCUGGACCGCCUCAGGCCUGUUUUUGUGGCCGUUUUUAGCCUGUUGAUAUGUGUACUUUGAAUUUUUCAUUUUUACAGAAAAGCGCCCAAAUUGGUAUACAUGAGCACUUUGAUGACCUGAACAUUUUCACUAUCCAGGCCAGGCAUGUAUUUUUUUGGAUUUGUAAGAUGCAGCUUAGUUUGUCUUUCUGCUCACCUACUUUGGUAGGAUGAUAAAUGGCUUACUGACCCAGGACAAGACAACCUGAAGAUGUACAACUGUUUCUCAAAGGAGUCAGUGGCGUUCCAUUUUUCUUGGGCUUUCCUCAGUUCAACAUCUGUGAAAUAGUCGUGGUUGGUGUUACACCUGUAAUGUCAAAACAUCAUGAAUACAAAAGGGAAGGUUUUGGCUUUGCUUUACUCCAGCUCUGUGGUAGCGCAACAAUAACACUCCAUUUGGCAUUUAUUAGUGGCUGAUACAGCUGAUAUAGGAAAAAAGAAAUACCUCUAAUGCAAUUGGAUGGUCCUACAACAAAUCACAGAUCUUAACAGAGUUUAGAUUAUGUGUGUGACUACAUUUGUGUUCGUCACCACAUAAAUCCCACCCAAAUGAUUUGAUUGGCCUGGUAGGUCUUUCCAGGAGUGUAAUCAUUUCCCAACAGAGGGACUACUGACCAACUUUCCACCGCACAACACUUGAGUGGAGGUUGGUCUGUGGUGGGCUGGGAGAAAUCAUAUGAAUGGAAUCAGAGAAAUUGCCAACCCCUUCACAUCACUGAAAAUUGUUGGUUUCAUAAGAAAAUUAUUGCUCUCUGAAUUUCUUGUGUUUUUGUAACUGAUCCUAAACGUGAACAUCUAUUUUUACCUCCAUGAGACAAAACGCCUUUUAAACUGUGGAAAUAUUUAGCGCAUCAGGCUCUUCUUUUAUACCAAUUUGUUUGCUUGCACAUACAUGUAAAUCUCUCUUUGUCGACCUGAACUGCGUGCCUCAUUAGAGUGAAACAUGGUCAGAAUGAACAGACAACUCCAACAAUUUACACUUGAUCCUUGCAGACAAAGGAGUGGUUGGACGCAGGAGGCACCGCUGUGGAAAAAGACUGAUGAACUGAGGUUUUCACAGUGGAGGUGUCCAACGCUCUCACACAACCUGGACAAAGUGGUUUCUGGCAGUUUUUUGUUUAUUUUAUUUUAUUAUUAUUUUUUUCCCUGUGUCUCUUUUGUAUCUGCCUGUUUGACCUGUCAUUUUCACUACCGGUAACAUAGAGGCUCAGUAACCAGUGUUUCCCUCAGUUCUGCAGCGACACCGUUGAGUCACUGCUCUGAUGGCUUUGUUCCAUGGCAGCUUUCUAUCUCAUUCCAUUGUAAAAUGUUCAUUUGUUCCACUGUCAUGUAGUCCGAGCAAUAAUAAUUGAACUGAUGUUGGGUUAAAUGCUAUUGUAAUUGUAGAUUUCAGCUAGUCCGUACCAUUCUGCCACUCUGCUGUUCCGGAUAGGGAUUUACUUUUCUACGUUUCUGAACAGCUUAUCGUCUGCCAAGAGAUGUCUCUUCAUCCUCCUCCCCAUGUCCCCCACCCCUUAUCCCUUAAGCUCAGUAUGCCCACCCCUCAGCCCCUACUCAAAGUGGCAAAUACCCUACCGCUAAGUGAGGUUCAUCAUUUUAUAUCCUCACAAACAGGACGUUUGUGGUUCGAUAGGACAUCACAUGCUGUCCCAGGCAAACUGUCUCCCCCAUUCCCACUAGUGUUUAUUUGAAGCUUGGGUUAACCACAUCCUGACUUCAGCUCUGUGCUCACACUCUGGCCCAAGACGGAUAUUCACCUUUUUAUCGCUCUUACAAAAUUCAGCCAGAAUGGAAGAGAACCGUUUCUUCUCUGACAAGUACGAGGUCCUUCAAUAUAUUUUGAUAUGCUGUAAAUGAAAGCGUUUAUUUGUAUCAGAGGUGUAAAGUUUCAUGCUGCAACAAGUCUCAUGUUCUUCUCUUCAUUUCUUUUCCGCUUGGUUUUAUUUUUCUGAGCUGUGACUUUCUGACAUCAACGUCAAGAGGGAUUAACAGAGCAGCUACUGUAUCGAAAUUCUUGUGGAAGCUCAACCUCAGGGACCUGCGCUCAGGUUUUCUGGGCUUGACAGUCUGAGGGAAUUAAAAUAAAGACAGAAGCAAACAGACUAACACGUAACAGUUUUCGCUCUGUGUAUCUUUUUUUUUUUUUUUACUCAAACACUAUGCUGAUGAAGUUGGCUUUUAUGUGUUAGUAGUGCAAGCUGUGAUAAGAGGUCUGAGAGUUCACUCAACACCUAAUUUCAUUUGAAUAUUUCAUAUUAACAGAAUGGUAGAAAAACUUAAGUAAUCUUUGUGAACCAGCCCUUGUUAAGUAUAAUUAGCAUAAUUUGUUUCAAAAUGGUGCAACACCACCAAAACAUUUUUACUGCUACUCACACACAACAGAAACACAUCAGUGAAGAGUGUUUGCUUUAAGCCCUCAUUUUGUGAAACCAAUGAUUAGAUUUCUAACACUGUCUCGAUUCAUCUGCAGGCAGAUGGUGGUCAUGUGGAUCUAUAGGAUUCUGUUUUUCCUCUUUCUUUCCACUUUCUUUGUACUUUUAGGACUUUAUGGAUCCUAUGUGGGUUUUGUUUCACCUUUUAAACUAUGUUUAAAGUUCUCCCUUUGGCUUGUCUCAGAUUCUGGGUUUCCGGUAUCUGUAAACUUUUAUCGUGGUACCAUGUGUGGGUGUUUUUUUAUUAUUAAAAGGUUUCUUUUUCUAUUCCGCUCAGA